CUUCCGGUCUAAACCGGAAUUUGUUAUUUCUCUUGUUUACAUCGACAAAGCCGCGAUGCUAACAGUCGCAAAUAACACUGUAGCUUUUAAUAAGCAUGUCUGACAGCUGACGAGGCUCGUGUGUUUAUCACUGCUUUUCUAAGUGAGGGUUUCGGGUCAUGGCUUUAGCGCGGCUCUGCUGUCUCGGGAUAAUGGUACCGCUCCUCCUGCUGCGGUGGUCGGGGCUGCUGUUGGCAGCAGAGCAGGUCGCUCUGGUGGAGGUUUUCCUGGAGCACCGGCCUGGUGUCAGCGCGCUGAUCCAGGGGGAGGUGCUGGGCUCGACCAGGGCCGUCCGGAGCUCAGCAGGGCUGGAGGACUUGGAGGGGAACCUGGUGUUGGUACGAGAAGAAGCAAAACGGGUAAAUGAAGGAAAUCGUGAAGACCAACCAGAGGAGCAGGAGCCCUGGAUCGGUGUGGUGCCUGUUGAGAUGGACGACAGCAAAGCUUCCACUGGAAAUCAGGAGUCUUUUGCUGAUGCAGUGGUCAAUAAAAUGAAACGCGCCCUGGUCCUUGGAGCUUCAGCGUUGAUCAUUCUAGCUCUCAACCAAAACUCAGUAAGCGAGAUGGAUUUGUCUCCGGUGCUUUCCAAGCCCAUAAUCGUGAUCCAGACAUCAGAGAACGUCACCAAGCUGAUUGGAGCUCUGCUCAGGGGCCUUCGUGCAACAGCCAAAAUCACCUACGAGACGGUUCUGCAGGAUAAUUUGGGAGCCACGCUCACGCUGUGGUCCAGCUGUGGGCGAUCGAGGGGGGGUCUUUAUGGAGAGUGGCAGGGGGUCAUCUGCACAGGGGAGACCAACUCUCAGGUCCAGAAGUACCUGCAGCAGCUGUGGGACACCGUCCUCCUGGUGGCGUUGAUCCUCUGCACAGGGGUCAUCGUCCAGGCCCGCUGGCAGAACCAGGACCACCAGCUGAACAACGACCUGGAGCUUCUUCCAAAACAGGAUAUUGUGAAGAGAAUGUCGUCUCUCAAAACCAGAAGGUACCGUAAACCCAAACCCUGGCGUGACCCAUCCCAGGCCACAGAGACGGAUACCUGCGCCGUGUGUUUGGAGCCGUUUAGCAACAACCAGUGUCUUCGGGUGCUGCCGUGUCUUCACGAGUACCACCGAGACUGUGUGGACCCCUGGCUGCUGCUGCAGCACACCUGUCCUCUGUGUAAACGCAGCAUCCUCAGCAGCGUCUGCAAAGACAGCUAACGGUUGUUAGUCCUCCUCCGCCCCCUCGGGAGUCAUCCCAACGCUCCACGAGCAUUUCUGUUUUUGCCCAACCUGACAUCAACACUUCCUCCCUCCAGCUUGUGGGAACAAACAAACUCCUGCUGUCAGCUGACCUGCUGAUGGGUCUAGUGAAAACGUUGUACAAACUCAUCGGUGUUCUUCCUGGGAGUCUGACUUCUGACCUGUGUGUCUUUGUAGACGUGUGUGAUGGUCUCCGUGAGGCCAGGUGACGCCUUUUGUGUAAAAACAGAUGACCUGAGUAUUUAUAACCCGAUGUUUGUGGAGACAUUUAGAGAUUUCUCUGCCCUGGAUGACCAGUACAGUGUUGGCACUAGUUUCUAAACACCUGCUAGCAUUACUUCCUCACUUUAGCAGGGGCGUGUCCAGGGAGUGGCCUGGGGUGGCACAUGCCACCCUUGGAAUCUGAUUGGCCACCCCAGGUGCCACCACACCUUUAAAUAGGCUUUUCACUGUCCACAAAAGGCUUGGGGGUAAAAUAAAAAAAGCACAACCAUUGGUGCCACCCAUGCACAAAAUUGUGCCUCACCUGGGCCACCCCAUUUUAAAAGAUCUGGACACGCCGCUGCACUUUAGUGAUUGAACAUUUGUAAAUAUGCAGUUUUAAAUACAUUUAAUGUAUGAAAAACAGC